AUGAGAAUUGGUUGUUUACAGUUCUCCCCGCAGGUCGGGGAUGUCGACAACAACCUGAACCGGGCAGACGCUGUCUUGAACAAGGCGCAUGACGUUGACGGACUGGAUCUUCUUGUGCUCCCCGAGUUGGCGUUUUCUGGCUACAAUUUUCGGUCCUUGGCCGAGAUCAGUCCCUAUUUGGAACCAUCUGGCUCAGGCAUCAGUGCCUUGUGGGCGCGCACGACAGCCCUCAAGUGGAACUGCAACGUUGUCGUUGGGUAUCCAGAGAAGGUUGACGUCGCCCAAAAGUGGCCUACCUCUCCUGAAUUCUAUAAUUCUGCAAUCAUCGUGAACCAAGACGGCGAAACAAUAGCCAACUACCGCAAGUCCUUUCUCUAUGCCGUCGACGAGACCUGGGCACUUGAAGGCCAAGAUGGCUUCUUCGACGGAUAUGUUGAAGGUCUUGGCGAUGUUGCGAUGGGUAUCUGCAUGGACCUCAAAUUCGAAGCGCCGUGGAAUGCCUUCGAGUUUGCCUAUCAUAUCCUUGAGGUGCAGGCCAACCUCGUCAUUCUCACCAUGUCUUGGCUGACUCGUGAGAGUGCUCAUACAUUCUCGCAACUACCGCAAGAGCCAGACUUUCCGACUCUGGAAUAUUGGGUGCAGCGUCUCGAACCCAUAAUCAGAAAAGAGUCUGAAGAAGAAAUUAUUGUGGUCCUUUGCAAUCGUUCUGGCACUGAACGUGACGCGGUCUACGCAGGCACCAGCACAGUUCUCGGCAUCAAGAACGGUGAAGUCAACCUCUAUGGUGUCCUCGGUCGCGGCGUCAAAGAGUUGCUCGUAGUCGACACAGAAAAGGCCCCCUUCGCGAAGUUGCUCCGAACCAAUCACGGCCGCAAGUCAGAAGCAGACACGGCGAAAGACCGCGACCGCGACUCAAAUGAAAGCAUUGCCGGAUCCACCUCGACUGAAUCGCGUAAACCAACCCCUUUUCCUUUGAAAAGAGCGUUUCACCCCUUUCGAGAGUUUGGUCGCUCGGGCGAGUAUGAUGACGAUUAUACCCCAACGCCGAUUGAAGAUAUUGAUGAUGCGUGGGAAAUAACGUCGACCGCAGCGUCACAUGGUUCCGCUCCCAGCUCAUAUUCUCAAUCUGGUCCCCAGCCAUCGAGAAACCUUGCACCGAAGCUGGAAUUACAUAUUCCAAAUGGCCAUGAGUUUCCCUUGCCUCUUCGGAAGGCAAAGGGCCCUGGAAGCGCCACCACCCGUGACCAAGAGGGCAAGUCGCCUUCCGCGGUUGAAAACGAUAUCCCCACGCCCACUGCCCCAAGCCCGACGCCCAUGUCCAUGAGGCCCACCUUCAACUUGCCGGAUAAAAAGCCGCCGGUUCCCGGAAAGAAAGAUGUCAUACCUUCUUCUGUCAACAGACGGGGCGGAGGAGGUGCUGUCAAAGUAAGCCGAGCCGACACACCCAUAACGCCACCUUUACGAGUUGGCGCUAAAGGGAAAGGUCGUGGGCCGACCCCUAUCUCUGAAGCACCACCCUCGCCGCCAUCAGAAAAGGAAAGCGCCAGAACUGGCUCAUCCAAUUUCAAGGGCAGUACAUCGUCCAACAAGAAAGGCCAGGCACCGGGGAGCAACCGUGGAAAAAGCAGCAGCGACAAGAGAGAGUAUGGCAGUGUUAUUCACGCAAAAGCAGAGUCUAUCGCCAGACAGUCGGACCGGACAAAGUUAUCCGUGUCUGCGUCGGUAGGUCCUGGGCCCGCGACGUCAGCUCGGCAGUUCAUGACGAACGAUGAGUUGUGGGAACAGGCCUUGCGUAACCUGAAAAGGUCGGACAGCGACAUUAUUGGAGACUCUGGGUAUGACCCUGACAGGCUUGAAGACAUUCUCGUGGGAGACCCGUCAUCACAGCUUGAGAUGCAAACCCAGAUGACGAAUGAGAUUCGCCAAAAGUUUGAGCAUUUGAAUAAAAACAACGAGAGGCAGCCAUCGCCUGUGCAGGCUGAUCUACCUAACCGACCCCCAUCUACAAAAUCGCGCAACGCAAGCCUCCCUAGGGUGCCUCAAGCUUUUAAUGGCCCAAGCGACUUACGGCGUUUGAGCGUCUCGCGCAUGUCAAUUCCAAUAUUGGCAAGCCCCAGCUUGUUCCGCCAAGAUUCCCAGGCCCAGUCACAUUUGCGAGGUUCCGACUCGCCAAUCUACUUCCGUCCCGAAUCGCAAGGCGUACAUGAAGCGGCUCAGCCACAGCGUACGGGCUCUGCCGCCGCAAAUCCGGACCCCAAGCGUGACAACAGCAAAUCAUCCCAAAACUCCACCGGAUCGGGGGCGAGUCUGGAGAAAGGGUCACGUCCUGUCAGUCGUGGCCGGCAACCCUUCUCCAAAAUCAACGCAACAAACGGCACUAGCAUUCCGAGCACACAGCGGCCGAAUACGAAUACCAGCCGUGUCUCUAAUAGCCUAGAUCGCGGCAGACGCACCUCUAACAACCGGUCUGGAGAGUCGGUCUCCCGGUCUGACGCGCCGUCGGCCCUUUCUUCGCACGAUCGAGUCAUGUCCACGAACUCGGCAUCGAAUUGGUUAUUUAGCACACCGCCGCUAAACAAUACGCAGCCUCCCCUAGAUCCCGAUGACGAGAUCAUUGCCAUGAUCAGCCUCAUCGACCAUCAUUGCCCUGUCCAUAACUCUAACUCGAGAGCGCCUUCUCAAGAGCCACAGGCUCAGCUCCAAGCAACGCAGCAAGCGCGGGCGCAGAGCCGAGGCCAGGGUCAAGGGCAAGGACGGGCAGCUUCGCAACCAGGAGAACGACCGCCGCGUCAGAGGGAGGCCACCCCUCAUACCCAGACUCCCAACCAACAGCAGCCGGAACAGAUCUUAUCGCGGCAGCAGUCCCAGGCUCCGGCUGCACAAGAAGGAAAUGCUGAGCCGGUUUACGAGGUCAUCCUGCCACCCCAUAUCCGGGAGCUGGUUGAAUCAUUGUCGAGCCCAGAUUCCAGUGUCCAGUCGCCGCUACGUGCUCUUGAAGCACUCAAGACCAGUCGUUCCACACCGAAAUUCGACCCCCCUACGCCAACCGCAAUGCAGUUCGACACUAAGGAGGAGAAAAAGUUGCCGGCAUCCGCCUGA